GCAGCCCGGCUGGCUGCCAUGGCAGCACACCAGCCCCCAACCUGCCCUUCCAGGAGCCCCUCACUGCUGCUGGUUCUUGUUGUGACAGCACUAACUUUCACUUCUGCAAUGAAUCAAAAUAUAGCUGAGAUUACGUGUGUAUUUAUCAGCCAGAAGAAUGAAGGUUCAAGAACACCAGAGACAUCAGUAUCUCCUAAGAUUUCUAAUAUUUUGGAAGAUCUUGGUUGUUAUUUGAAUUCUCAAGGAACAGAGAACAUCUAUGAACCAACUAAAAAUGUGGAAGUCAAUGUGUUUGAAGAUGUUGAAUUGAGAGUGAUAAUGAACAUUUCAGAGAUCAUUUCAUGCCUGUGGUUCUUUAAAGAGAAACGAGCUUGUAAACCUUCACUGGACUCGGAGAACCGAUAUGUUACUUCCUUGGCUUUUUCCCAAAUAAGAGAAACACAAGCUGGAAAACACACUCUCUCGGUCAUAAGUGAAAACAGUAAUUACACAAUAAUAUUUACUGUUCUUGUCCGAAAGAAACCAGGGAAACCCUAUUUCAGGAAAAGUGAAAAACUAGAUGCUAUACAGUGCAUAUCGGAGAGCUACCCCCAGCCGUCUUUGGAGUGGAUAUUUUGCAAAACCCCUGAAGAGAGUUGCCCUAAUAAAAUGCAGGAAGAAACUGGGGACAUACAUGGCAUACAGAAGGUACAACAUGGAUUACAUGAGGAUGAAUUAUUUCAAACAUACAUAUGGUGCUGUGCAGUUAAUGAGCUGGGCAGAGAAUGCACCAGCCUGUUUACAAUAGAUUUAAAUGAAAGACAUGCAGCACCUUUACCUGAAUUACUUCUUAAAGUUGGAGAACCAUUGCUGAUCAGAUGCAGAGCUGUUUAUCCUAAUUAUAGAUUCAGAAUUAAAUUAUCUUUUGAAAACAAGGAACUGCAGCAGGAUCGCCGUUUUGAAGGAUUAGAGUAUCAAGCAGAUCACUCGGCGGUUCGGAUUCAGUAUGCAUUUGCUUCAGCAGCAGGGAGAAACGAUAGUGGACAUUACACCUGUUCUUCUACAGUACAUCCAAGUCAAACUGCUCUGAUUACAGUUUUAGAAAAGGGGUUUAUAAACGUAACUGACUCUAGAGAGGAUUUUGAAAUUGGUGAAGAAAAGUUUUGCUUUGAAGUUAACCUUACAGCAUAUCCAACCAUUAGGUGCAUGUGGCUAUUUUCCCAAAAAACAUUUCCAUGUGAGCAAAGUUGCAGUGUGGAUGGACUCAGCAUUUCUUCAAAGUUCUGCAACCAUCAGCACCAGCCUGGGGUAUAUGUGUUUUAUGCAGAAAAUGAUGAUACAGUCAUGACAAAAAAAUUCACUUUGUAUGUAAGAAGGAAACCUAAAGUAACCAUGCAGUUGACAUUCAAGCAGAUCUCCUGCAUUUCUGACAGUUACCCUGCCUCAUCCUGGAUUUGGAGGAACUGUCCUGAACUGAACUCAUCUAACUGUACAGAAGAAAUCACUGAGGGGAUUCAGAACUUCUUGCCAGAGAGGAGAUCCCUGGGGUCAUGGAUUUCAAGCAGUACUUUAGAUAUAAAGGAGACAGCAACAACCUUCUCUGUUGAGUGCUGCGCAAACAAUUCUGUUGGUUCGGCCUGUGAAAAGAGUUUCAUUAACCUGUCAGUUGCAGGAGCUGUUUCUUCCCCCCCGGAUAAUGCUGCAUUCUAUGCCUCUGCUGGAUUUUUCCUCUUAUUUAUUGCCUUUUUGUUUUUACUCAUUUUUCAUAAAUACAAAAAGCAAUUCAGAUAUGAAAGCCAGUUGCAAAUGAUACAGAUGAUAGGUUCAUCGGAUAAUGAGUACAUCUACAUUAACUUCAGUGAAGUUGAGUAUGAUCUCAAAUGGGAAUUUCCCAGAGAAAAUCUGGAAUUUGGGCAGGUCCUUGGUUCUGGGGCUUUUGGGAAAGUGGUGAACGCGACAGCUUAUGGAAUUAGCAAGGCGGGAGAUUCAGUCCAAGUUGCAGUCAAAAUGCUGAAAGAAAAAUCUGAUACUUCAGAAAAAGAAGCUCUAAUGUCUGAGCUGAAAAUGAUGACUCACAUUGGAAGCCAUGAAAACAUUGUGAACCUACUAGGAGCUUGCACUGUGUCAGGACCAAUCUACUUGAUAUUUGAAUACUGUUGCUAUGGUGACCUUCUGAACUACUUACGGAGCAAGAGAGAAAAAUUUCAUUGGACACUGACAGAUAUCUUUAAACAGCACAACUUCAGCUUUUACCACAAUAUCCAUUUGGACCGAAAUUCCAGCAAGGGAACUCCAUUAAAAUACGGUGUGAAUAUGACUCUAUGCAGAGAGGAUGACUUUGAAAUCACACAGCGAAGUCAAAACAUAAAUGUGGCUUCUGGAUCAAAUGGGAUUAUGCUGUAUUCUGAGGAAGAUGAAACUAAACAGGCGAACAGACAGAUGGAUGAAGAAGAGGGUUUUAAUGUGCUUACUUUUGAAGACCUUCUUUGCUUCUCAUAUCAAGUUGCCAAAGGAAUGGAGUUUCUUGAGUCCAAAUUGUGCAUUCACAGAGACCUUGCUGCCCGGAAUAUAUUAGUGACCCGUGGAAAAGUAGUGAAAAUAUGUGACUUUGGCCUUGCCAGAGAUGUAAUGAAUGACUCCAACUACAUCGUCAGGGGCAAUGCUCGCUUACCAGUUAAAUGGAUGGCUCCUGAAAGCUUAUUUGAAAGGACAUACACAAUGAAGAGUGAUGUCUGGUCCUAUGGAAUAUUACUAUGGGAAAUAUUCUCUUUGGGUGUAAAUCCCUAUCCUGGUAUUCAGGUUGAUACCAACUUCUACAAAUUAAUUCAAAGUGGAUUUAAAAUGGACCGACCAUAUUAUGCUACGAAAGAUGUCUAUUACAUAAUGCAGUCCUGCUGGGCCCUUGACUCCAGGAAAAGACCUUCUUUUUCUUGGCUGGUUUCCUCUCUUGCCUGUCAGCUGGCUGAGGCAGAAGGAGCAGUUUACCAAAAUAUGGAGAAAAGCGUUUCUACACACAGUUCCAGUUACAAAAAUAAACCACAUGUAAGCAGGGAUAAGGAAUCUCUCCUAUCUACAAUUCUGCCCCCAAAUGAAGACUCUCAGGUUGAACAAUAAUCCAGGGUCUGGAUUUAUCUUGGUAUUUUCAUAGACUCUGUGUAGCAUAAAUAUUUUAUAUCACCAGUAAGAAAAGAAAAUGUUAUCAGCUGCUGUAUCCACAUUUCUUAUGGUCCAGUCCAUAUUUCUAUUAUUUUGAGGAGAAGCCACAAAAAUUCAUUUUUCUGAGCUCAGCAAAUGCAUCUAUCACAAGACAAAAGCAGUUGUCUUUUUGCUGCUUCUUUACAACUGGAAAUUUCUUCUUUCUAGUUUGAUGUAAACUGUAUCUAAUCAAUGCAUUGAAUUCAGGCUGUUCUGGUCAAAUUGCAAGAAAACACAUGAGUAUCCAUGAUGUUUUAAUCAACGUUUACAAGCAUGGACUAUGUAUCUAAAGAAAAAUGGUGUUAUUUUCAGAAGUGCUACACACAUCUUGAUGCCAGUGAAUGUUGGAAAUAAGGACAUUUGAGUAGCUAAUUCUAGAUGCACUAGUUUUAAAAUAUCAGCCUUGUUUCUCAAAGAUCUAUAAAUGCAAGUGUGCGUGACCAUCUUAUCCUGAACAUUUCGGUUCCUGUAAAUCGCCUGAUAGAUGUCCGGUUCAGGUGAGUUGAUUUCAUCUAGCUUUACGUAUGUGGGUGGGCUCUGGUCAUCCAGGCUAUAUUUUAUAUUCACUAAUAAGAGUUAGACACUUUCAGGGAGUGAUUCCUUCUACCUAAAAAUCUAAAACAUGCAGGAGGAAUGACAUUUGAAGAUUGCAUUCUCUCUCCUUGACCUAGAAAAUUCAGAUGACUGGCUCUGACUGGAAGUCUCACUUCCACUGAGUUACAGCUAAUUCUACCCUUUGGGCUUCGCAUGUUUUAAUGUCAAAUAAAAAAUUUUAAUUUUAAAGAAAUUAUCCUCAGUAGCAACUUAGAUGUGUAACAUCAUCAUUCCCAACUCCCAGAAGUCUCCUCCUGGAUGUAUGAACCCCACUGCAAUAAGAUGAGAGUAUGCCUCUAGCUUUCUCUUGGACUUUCAUGACAAUAAUCAGAGGCUUGACAGGUUUUGAUAUAGAUAAAAAGACACAUUAUUUUCCUAGUGAAGUUUUGGGGAUUUAUAAAUACAGCUUUAUAGUGACUAACAGGAUACAUUUGUAUCCCAGUGAAUCAAGAUGAGAAUAUAUUGGUUAAUAGAUUUCUUCUCUAUUACAUGUUACCAAAUGCUAACCAUGAUUAUGACUUCCAGUGGCAAUUGUAAUAACAAUAAUUGUUUGGAUGGAAUAUGCUGUCACAUAAAUUGAACUUCUCUUUACUAACAUUGUCUGAAAAUAAUUAAUGUUUUAAAACAGCAAUUAUGAAUUGUAUAUUUUGGUUAACAUUGCUGAAUUAUCAAUAAAU